UUUAAAAUUUCAUACAUAUUUAAUUGUCUAAAGAAUUCAAAAAAGGAAAUAAAUUUUCGGCUCCCCCAUUGGCAUGUAAAAAUUAAUCACAAUCUAAAACUGCAUUGUCCUGGGUGCCCUAGUUGCCGUGUUCAUCAGAACUAAAUCCACUUGGCGUUGUAACAAUGGCAGUGUUUGAACAGAAAAAUCUUUUAAAUAUUUGGUGGUUUCCGAGGGAGUUUUGCCAAUCCGCAUACGGAGAAUUUCGCCAUAGUGGCACCAAUUCUUGCACACUAAUAUCACUUAUACUGGCCAAUGAAAUGGCUAAGGAACUUGUAUUUAAAUCUAACACGGCACGGUCAUUGCCUACCAGGGCUGUUGAAAUAUUCGCACAUGCUAUGAACGAAGGCAAUGCUUUAUAUGGGCGUAUAUUCAAUGAUAUAUCGACGGAGGACAGUAGAAAACGGAGAGCGCCUAACCUUAAUAUACCUGAAGCCGUAGAAGCAUUAGUCAGUCAAAGAUAUAUGGAUUUUUGUUUGCAAGAGUGGUUCUAUACUCACAUUACUGCCAAUUCCACAAAUGAGAACUACAGCCAAUCCGUAUCCUCUCGCAUAGCGGAUGUUAUGAAACUGGCAAUUCGGCUAUCCAAACGAUCUCUACGCAAUAACGAAGGAGCGAGAAAUCUAUUUGCCGCAGUGAUAAGCGAUAACCGAACGACUAUGUUUGUAUUUGAUUUAUCCAGUCACAUAGUAUCCUUCUUCGAUUCUCAUCAACAUGGGCGCAAGGCAGGGGCCGUUAUAGCCCUUUGUGCAAUAGAUGGUUUGGAAGAACUUGCAAACUGGUUUGUAACCAUGGGUGAGGAAGUAUACCAUAGUCGUCCUCCUGUAUAUGAGAUAUCACUUCUGACAACAACUACUGAUGCACGCAAUUUAACUGCCCCGCCCCCCCUGCUGGACAAUGUGUAAACGAACCCAGGAAAGCAGUAAAAAAAGAAAAAUAAAAAUUUUAAAAGUAAAAAAUACAAAUUAGAAGAGUCGCCUUUUGUUCACCUUCGCCGGCUAAAUGCAAUGGCCCUGACAAUCAAGUGGCUGGAAGUCUUAUGAAACCGUAUAGUAAAAUAAUAAAAACGAAUCUUAACUGCA